GCUACAGGGCCAAGAGCACUGUCAAGAGAGCCACGCCCCCUCUCCGGCAACAGAAUCGCCUCCAAUCAGCAACAGCAGGACAGACCACCAAUCACAAGGCGCCUUGGAGAAGUUCAGGAUGCAGAUGUCUCCAGUCUGUGCCUGCCUGGCCCUGGGCCUGGCCCUCAUCUUUGGUGAAGGGUCUGCCUCCUACCACCGCCAGACUCGGGCAGCCCGACUGGCCACAGACUUUGGAGUGAAGGUCUUUCAGCAGGUGGCAUGGGCCUCCAAGGACCGCAACAUGGUUUUCUCACCCUACGGGGUGGCCUCGGUCCUGGCCAUGUUGCAGCUGACGACAGGAGGAGAGACCCGGCAGCAGAUCCAAGCGGCCAUGCAGUUCCAGAUUAACGAUAAAGGCAUGGCCCCUGCCCUCCGCCAUCUGUACAAGGAGCUCAUGGGGCCGUGGAACAAGGAUGAGAUCAGCACUGCAGAUGCUAUCUUCGUCCAGAGGGAUCUGAAGCUGGUCGAGGGCUUCAUGCCUCACUUCUUCAGGCUCUUCCGGACUACGGUCAAGCAAGUGGACUUCUCAGAGGUGGAUAGAGCCAGGUUCAUCGUCAACGACUGGGUGAAGAGACACACGAAAGGCAUGAUUGGCGACUUACUGGGCCAGGGGGCCGUGGACCAGCUGACGCGCCUGAUGCUGGUGAAUGCCCUCUACUUCAAUGGCCAGUGGAAGACGCCCUUCCCAGAGUCAGGCACCCACCACCGCCUCUUCCACAAAUCUGAUGGCAGCACCGUCUCUGUGCCCAUGAUGGCUCAGACCAAUAAGUUCAACUAUACUGAGUUUUCCACCCCCGACGGCCAUUACUAUGACAUCCUGGAAUUGCCCUACCACGGGGACACUCUCAGCAUGUUCAUUGCUGCUCCCUAUGAAAAAGAAGUGCCUCUCUCUGCCCUCACCAAUAUCCUGGAUGCCCAGCUCAUCAGCCAAUGGAAAGGGAAUAUGACCAGACAGCUCCGCCUCCUGGUUCUGCCCAAGUUCUCUUUGGAAAGUGAAAUCAACCUCCGGAGGCCGCUGGAGAACUUGGGGAUGACAGACAUGUUUAGGCCAAACCAGGCGGACUUCUCGAGUCUCUCAGAUCAAGAGGCGCUGUACGUGUCACAGGCGCUGCAAAAAGUCAAGAUCGAGGUGAACGAGAGUGGCACAGUGGCGUCUUCCUCUACAGCCAUUAUCGUGUCAGCCCGAAUGGCCCCCGAAGAGAUCAUCAUGGACAGACCCUUCCUCUUCGUGGUUCGGCACAACCCCACAGGAACGGUCCUCUUCAUGGGCCAGGUGAUGGAACCCUGACCACAGGGGAAAGCCGCCCUCAUCUGGGACAGAACUGGAAAAUGUAUCCGAGAAGAAAGGACUCCAAAGGAAGAAAACUUUUAUUUUAAUUAAUUUUUCUGGAGAAAGAGAAGGCCUUUGCCUUUAAAAAAAAAAAAAAAAAAAGAAAGAAAAGAAAAGAAAGAAAGAAAAAAAGAAAAGGGUAAAUCUUUCGAAUCUGCCUCCUAGACCUCAGCCUCUCCCAGGAGUGCUGAAGAGAACCUUUCAGUAAAACUCCCUUGUGGGGCCCCCUGGGGAGACCUCCGAAGCUCUGCUGAGUCUCCGGAGCAGACUGUAAAACACACGUGCGCAGCUGCUUGUGCCCAUCUGGGGCUUCGGACCUGGACCUCACCGAGACCAUGGCAGGAUGGCACCAGGAGGCUUUACGGGGGCUUUUGUGUGCUUGGUAGACAGUAUUUGUGUUCCAGUCACGUUGCUGUCACUCUUGCACUGUCUGCCACUGCCGAGGAGGCUGGCGGCGGGCCAAAGAAGGCCAGUGGAAGAGACACCCUUUCCUCUCGAGGCCUGUGCUCCCAGCUCGGCGGUCCUGCAGACAGGCAGAGCAUCUGCCGAGACCCACCCUGACCUGGCCGCCUCCCUCCCCAGAAACAGUGCGCAGAUAUUAUUUUGGAGUGUAGGUGACUUGUUUACUCAUAGAGGCAGGCUUCUGCUUCCCACAAACUUUAUUUUGCAGGAAUAGAGGCGGGGCGGGAGUCAAGAUGUGUGCCUGGCUCUCGGCCCUCAUCUCCUGGUGGGGAGGGUGGGAUGCUGGGGGUGUGCUUGAGUAUUUAUCACAGCCUUGUCCCUGUGUGCUUGUUAGAGAGUAGGACUCUCAAGAAAAACGUGCUGUCUGAACUUGCACGCAGUGUUCCUCGGUGGUCUUCGUCAUUGCAGGAGUCUGGCCACUUGGCUGGCUACCCCUCUGGGUGGCUAGCGCGGUGGGGCCCACACUGCCACCUUGUGGCUGCCUGAGCCUUCUUUUCCUCAUCCUUCUCCACUUGAGGGCUGAGACCCCCAUAGGGCAAGAUGGUCUAACUUCAGCCCACUUUAGGGACCAAAAGGAUGUGGUGGGUAAGAGAGAUGAGAGCGAGGACAGAGUGGUUUCAAAAUUUUCCAAUAUAUUUAGGAACAGGAGAGCCAGGGGCUGCACGACCUAGAAGGACAGAACUUUCCCCAAUUACAGGGUGAUUCAUAGCCGCAUUGGUGACUCACUUCAACGUGUCAUUUCCGGCUGCUGUGUGUGAGCAGUGGACACGUGAGAGAGAGGGAGAGAGAGAGAGAGAGAGAGAGACUAAGAGAAAGGAGGAGGAGAGAGGAGAGAGACCAUGAGCUUGGACUCAACUACCCCAGCUAGAUAAUCUUUCUGAAAACCAGCGAGCUAGGGGGCAUGGCCUGAAGACCGAUUAACUGAAGAACUGCACAUGGAUGUCAAAUGAAUGAAUGUGAGCCAGGAGGACCUUAAUCAUUCCACCAUGCUCUUCAGUGAAAAAUCUUUGUUCUUUGUGUGUCUGUCUGUUUGUUUCUCAUAAUGCACUGGACAGUGAGAGCCGCACACAGUACCCAUAAGGAUACGCCAGUGUGGGGUCCAACAGUCUUGAAACUGUGUUGAAUUAUAUGCUUUUUCACUUUUGAUAUAUAAACGAGUAAAAUAUUUUAAAAAAUAAUAAAUAAGUAUAUAAAAAUA